UAACGAUCGCGAAGGAGCAGCGGCGAGCGUCGGUAUUUUGUCCCUCGCGGAGUCCCUUCCUCCAGGUGCCGCGCGUUGCUAUGGCAUUUCUUGUCAUAGCGCGCAGCAGCGCUUUCGGCUAGCGAAGGAGGAGGAGGCCGCGGCCUUCCUCGGUCGCUGGACUCACCCGAGACAGCGAGGCCGCCCCAGCUUUCUCUCCCACACCCCGUGCCUGCUGUGGCGGGCUGCGCGGCCUCGCUGGACGCCCCUUUUUCUUCCCCGGCCCCGCCGCCGCCGCCUCCCCUUCCUCCGGCUUCCCUUGACUCCGGGGUGGCGGCGGCGGGAAACGGCGGCGGCGGCGGCCACAGCAGCAGGCGGUGCUCGGAGCAGGAGCCGCUGCUGGGAAAGAUGGCGGGGAAUGGCGCGGGGUUUGCCGGUGCGGGGAGUGGGGAGAUCAUCCAGCUCAAUGUCGGGGGCACCAGGUUCAGCACUUCAAGACAAACACUAAUGUGGAUUCCAGAUUCCUUUUUUUCCAGUUUGCUGAGUGGAAGAAUUUCAACACUGAAAGAUGAAACUGGUGCUAUAUUUAUUGAUAGAGAUCCUGCAGCAUUUGCACCUAUUUUAAAUUUUCUUCGAACAAAAGAACUAGAUUUGCGGGGUGUAAGCAUUAAUGUACUCAGGCAUGAAGCAGAAUUUUAUGGAAUCACACCUUUAGUGCGAAGACUGCUUUUGUGCGAAGAGCUGGAGCGCUCCUCUUGUGGCAGUGUGCUUUUCCAUGGAUACCUUCCACCUCCAGGCAUUCCCAGUCGUAAGAUCAGCAGUACAACUGGGGCAUCUGUUGAUGUUCGAACACCUCAGAAUUGCUCUGAAGGUGAGCCCCGUGGAGGAAGUAUACAGCCUUCAUUGACUGGUACUGGAGAAGAUAUAGUCAGGCUAGGGUUUCCUGUAGAUCCACGAAAAGUGUUGAUAGUAGCUGGCCAUCACAACUGGAUUGUAGCAGCAUAUGCUCAUUUUGCAGUUUGUUAUAGAAUCAAGGAAUCCUCUGGAUGGCAACAGGUGUUCACAAGUCCAUACCUAGACUGGACUAUUGAACGUGUGGCUCUGAAUGCUAAAGUUGUUGGUGGUCCGCAUGGAGACAAAGAUAAAAUGGUUGCUGUUGCCUCUGAGAGCAGCAUUAUCCUGUGGAGUGUUCAGGAUGGCGGUAGCGGCAGUGAAAUAGGAGUAUUCAGUCUUGGAGUCCCUGUAGAUGCACUUUUCUUCAUUGGUAACCAGUUGGUGGCAACCAGUCAUACAGGAAAAGUGGGAGUGUGGAAUGCUGUGACUCAACAUUGGCAGGUUCAAGAUGUUGUUCCCAUCACCAGUUACGAUACUGCUGGAUCUUUCUUAUUGCUGGGCUGCAACAAUGGCUCAAUAUAUUAUAUUGAUAUGCAAAAAUUUCCACUACGGAUGAAGGAUAAUGAUCUUUUGGUGACGGAACUAUACCACGAUCCUUCCAAUGAUGCCAUAACAGCACUUAGUGUUUACCUCACACCCAAAACAAGUGUAAGUGGUAAUUGGAUUGAGAUUGCAUAUGGCACAAGUUCUGGAGCAGUGCGUGUGAUUGUGCAACACCCGGAAACGGUUGGGUCAGGCCCUCAGCUUUUUCAGACUUUCACGGUUCAUCGAAGUCCUGUUACAAAGAUCAUGUUGUCUGAGAAACAUUUGGUGUCAGUUUGUGCAGAUAACAAUCAUGUCCGGACAUGGACAGUGACUCGUUUCAGAGGAAUGAUUUCAACACAACCAGGAUCUACCCCCUUGGCAUCCUUCAAAAUUUUGUCCUUAGAGGAGACAGAGAGCCAUGGCAGUUACUCUUCUGGCAAUGACAUUGGGCCAUUUGGUGAACGUGAUGAUCAACAAGUGUUUAUCCAAAAAGUUGUUCCCAUCACUAACAAACUCUUUGUGAGGCUCUCUUCUACUGGGAAAAGGAUCUGUGAGAUUCAGGCAGUCGACUGUACCACUAUUUCAUCCUUCACUGUACGGGAGUGUGAAGGAUCUAGUAGGAUGGGAUCACGGCCACGACGCUACCUGUUCACAGGGCAUGUGAAUGGCAGUAUCCAGAUGUGGGACCUGACCACUGCAAUGGAUAUGGUUAAUAAAAGCGAAGAAAAAGAUGUGGGGGGCCCUACAGAAGAAGAACUGCUUAAGCUUCUGGAUCAGUGUGACCUGAGCACAUCUCGCUGUGCAACUCCUAAUAUCAGUCCAGCCACUUCAGUGAUGCAGCAAAGCCGCCUGCGUGAAUCGAGCUCCAGCCUCCAGUUGCAGCACCGUGAAACAAUACAUGAAACGGCUACAUAUGGCUCCAUACGGCCAUAUCGAGAGAGCCCUCUAUUAGCCAGGGCACGGCGGACAGAAAGUUUUCACAGUUACCGAGAGAUUCAGGCUUUUAACUUGAACAAAACCAUGGUAGACAAAGCUGUUCCUCAGAAUGGCAACCAGAGUCCCGUGCAGACAGAAGUGAAGAGGAUAGGUGAAAAUGGAGCUGAUAAAAAGGCUUCAACAUUGACCCUUGAGGUAAGGGGUGGUAGAGCAGCCGAAGGUGGGACUGAAGUUCAGAAAGUGCCUGAAAGUUUGCCGGAAUUGAAGAAAAGAGGAGCGGAUGAAGAAAAUGAAGCCAAAGCAGACAAUAAAAAGAGGAGUGGGUUUGAAGGAGGAGGAUUCCUUGGAAGGAAGAAAGCACCUCAUCUGGUGUCUUCCCCAAGCAUUGUGGAAGGAGGGUCCGAAGCACCAAGCACAGCAUCCCCAUCCCCUACAAAGACCACUUCUCCACGACAUAAGAAGAGUGAUUCUUCCUGUCAGGAUUACACGUUGUAAAGCUCCUGAGGAAUGCUUCUAUCCAAGGCAUACCAAGUUUUAACACUAAACUGGAUGAAAUGUUUACGUUUACAUAUUUGUAGGUCUGUGUCUUUCUGGCUGCAGAUGUUUUGAAGUGGGAAUGAUGCAGUAUAGGGGAACACCUCAAAUAACUUGGCUUCACAGCACAACAAACAGAAGCAUUUUUAAAGUAUUGUAAACUUGCGUUGACUUUGUAUAGCUAUUCAUACGAAGUCCAGUUCUGGUACAGACUUUUGAUUUCCAGGCUUGUCUAAUGCAGGCUGGCAUGCACUACCAUUUUUGUUGUGGGGGAGCAUUUUUCUAUUGUGUGUAACGUUUUCCCAUUCCUGGCUCUCCACACAUGCUAGAAGAUAUUAAAUGUCUAUUGUCUACCUAUUGGUCUUCAGUCCCUUCUCCCCUCACGCUUUCAGUGUGGUUCUGUAUUGGGAAUAAGAAUGGAAUGGAGGUGGCAUGGCUGCUUUACCUAGUGUUUGCCUUUUCUGUUCAGACACCAUAUUUUUUUCUAGUAUUACUGACCUCUGCAUACAUAAUGUUUAUAUGGUGCAAUUUUGUUAACUUAAUCAUACCACAAUUCUAAAUGUCUUGUUACUUAUUAUGGAUGCUAUAAAACAUUAUUUUGCAUACAUUUGUCUUUAAUAUUAAAGUAUAAAGAAUUUUA